UUUAUUGUUUCGUUAUCUUUUGUUUCUUUUAAAAACACAUUAAGCUUAGUUUCAGCUUACUUUACACUGAGCAAGUUACUGAAGUACGUGUUUGCGCGUUUUCUUUCCAGCUGAAGUUCCAGACUGUGUAAAUUUAGCGCUGCAUCGACGCCUGCUACACUUGUUCUUCCUUAUAUGGUCCUGAGCAGCUGCCUGGCAUGGUAGGAUUAAUUCCCAGAUGUAAGUUAAAGCACAGGAGUGUUAUAUCAGCAGUAACGUGGAGUGCAGAGUGGAGGUGGUUGAGAGCGACCUCGACCAAGGCUGGGAGUCUGGCAGAAGCGGCGCAGGUCCGUUACUUUACGGUGCUGAGCGGCCACAUCAGGUCUCCAGCACCAGCCGCGCGCCAGCCAGUCAGUAGGUUAGUGGUGGCGUCCCCCACCUCAGCUAGUGGGAGGGAGAGCCUUCUACUGCUGCUUCCCCGGCUGCUGUGGGGAGUGUGGGACCUGCCUGACGCUGCAGGCCCGCAGCAGCAAGGAGGGAGGCGCGCCAGCAAGUGAAACUUGCCGGCCCAUCGGCGGACGCGAGGUGGCGGGUUUUCCCUUUUAGUAUCGGCCCGUAUGUAGGUCAGGCUUAGUUUCGCUUUUACAGUGGUAUGCGAUGGUCGGGCCCGUGUCUGCUGCGAGCGUGUGUGAGGCUCGCCCCUCCCCGUGACCACCACGGUGCUCUCUGACUACACUACCCUCUAGUGCAGUGUGCUGUGUCAACCAUACAAGUGUACAAGUGAAUAUACAGUGUAACACUCAGUCACUAGAUGCAACCAGUCCCUAGUAGUGUUGUGGUACUAGCCAAAACAGUGAAUACGGAUAAUUGUGUGGCGUGUGAUUAUUGACUACACAGUGACCCUCUCAUAAAGGAUCCCCAACUGAGGACAGACAUCGAGGUAUGCAGGUGAUGCUGGUGUUCGGAAAAUAGCGUCUGGAUGAUGGUGUUCGGCUGUGAGACUUACGGACGUUCAGUAGCUGGUCUCCAAGUGAAACCGUGUAUGAGGAACCACGACGGGCUGAUCCAGCUUCAAUGCUUUGUAAACAAAGAGGAGCGACCCAGCAACAUGGAUGUGAGUCCCUCGAUCCACGACCAUUUCAAGGCUGACCUCUUCGAUCUAGUUUCCUGCACGGAGUAUGACCUGAGCGGCACGGGUCUGGGCACAGACUGUUGGCCUCUCGAGGAUCUAGUGGAUCGCAACGGGAACAACAACAACCUUAACGUUGGAGACGUGAUGACGUCUUCCUGGACCUACGGCGGCUACCAGGACCCUCCCACCUCCACGUCCGUGAGUGUUCACAUCGCUCAUGACAAGGAUAAGGAAACCAGCGACAAGAUGUGGGGUGGGGGUAGGGGCGGAGGCACCACGGAAAAGGUGGUCAACAGUGCGACAGGAAACACUAUCAUUAUCACCUUCCCUCGCACGGAAGGUCCCCACCCAGCACCCGAUACCUCGGAAACUGCCUAUAACCCUUCCCCGCCCAUGACGGAACACAACAACCUGGAGCUCUUCAAUUCUAUCCUCAACGAGAAGCCUUACGAUGGUCUGGUCUCUCAUAACCACCGCUCCCCCGCGUCUGACUGCGUGUCUUACGUCAGUGCCUGCUCAGGCUACAGUGACUCUGGGAUCUCUACUUCGCUGGAGGACACAGCUUCGCCCAACGCUGGCGGCCAUGAGCAUGUCGAUUUCGAGCGUCUUGUGGAUUCAGCGGUGGAUUCUCUUGUUUACUCUCCAGGAGCUGGAGGUCUGGGUCCCGUGGAAGACAAUCCCAAUAUGGAAGGUGGCAGCACUGCCUUUAUGGCAUCGACGCAGAUGUCUUACCCUGCUUCGCACGUCACGCAGAGCAGUGAUGUCUCUUCUAUCUUGGAAGGAGCUCUCAGGGGCACUGUUCGGCGGCCCGGAGGAGGGCCUUCGCAACCUCCUCCCCUAACCAAAAUUUCCGAAGUCAAGACACUCACGCUGAUGUCUAACAUGACACCUUUGCCACCCCUCACUUCAGUCUUCAAGGCGGAGCAGCUUAACGGAGUCGCGGGCUCGACGCAGAUCAGCAGUAGUAAUGGGAUGUAUGUGACGACGGGCUACGACUACCACCCAGCACCUGCCGAAGAGUACACCACCCUCGACGCCUCCUUCAAUAAGCUUUCCACCGCCACAACCACCAAGAUGGAUCAGCCGGAGCACAAACCCAAGAAACGCAAGUACACUAAACGCUCAGCGGGAGAAGAACCCUCCGUCAAAGGUCGUCUCUUACACUUCUGCCACAUAUGCAACAAAGGUUUCAAAGACAAGUACAGCGUUAAUGUGCACAUCCGCACUCACACAGGCGAGAAACCAUUCACAUGCGAGCUCUGUGGGAAAUGCUUCCGACAGAAAGCUCACCUGGCUAAACACGUACAGAUCCACACAGCGCCAAAGCCACCGGGAAAGAGGUGAGCGGCAAGGUCAACACUGUCGCAAAGCCUUCAGAAUCCCCGGGUCGCGCUGGGUCGCGCCGGGUCAUGUCGGGUCGUGGCGGGCCACAAUUACAGGCCUCGCUCCACGUCUCACUGUCGUACCUGCUCCUCGUUCUUAAGCCGUCCUUUGCGUUAUUCACAGCUUCCUACUGUUAGAAGGAUAAGGGAAUCCAGUAAUUAACAAUAUGUUUAGCCUACGGUGCAGCCAAUACUCAUGUAUGUACAUAGUGGCACUAACCCGUCCAGAGCGUGUUGUGCACUCAUAUAGGACCUGUGUAGGAGAGUUGCAUCAUUGUUCUACUUGUUAUUUCUAAAUACAAAACAUUAAUGUAUACCCCCACUAGCUGGCUAGUGUCUCACACACAUAUACACACACAUAACCUUCAUACUCUUACAACAGAAUUCGUGAUUGAAAAAGGUUGUACUUUUACAUAAUAGGGUGCCAUGUUUCUUGAGUCGUCGUUCCGUCACUUCAGAAUACUGAGGCGCGGAGUGUGUUCAUGUAGCUGCGGCAGUGUAGUCCCAGAGGCAGCCUGGUGUUGUCGCCAAAUAAACCAGCGCCAUGAAGGUCGUGAGAAGAGGGACAAGGGAGGCAUCAGACAAGAAGUUCUGUUAUCGUCGAACACGGAGAGUCCAUACGUAUUUGCUAAAUUGUUAUGAUUAUUAAUAUUAUAUUUAUGGGGAAGCGUUAAAUCAGUAAGGGUCAAAUAACGCCUAGGGCAUGAUAGAUAAUCAAGUAUCAUCUGAGAAAUAGGAAGGCAGCUCCAAUUUCGUGGAUGAAGAGCCAUUCAUUAGAAUCAAGGUAUCCCUUGAGGAAGAGAACAUUUCUGGCUGGUAUCCUCCGUCACUGGGGCGGCUUCACCUAAGAGGUGGAUCAGGAAGUGACGUUGAGGAUGUAAACACAAGGUCGUACUAUUAAAACAACACUAGCAGCAGGUUAUAUUUGGCGAAGGUGCGACCCACGCUGUUCCUAAUGAUGAGCGAAGUGGUGAGGAGUGCAAGGCUUGCUGAAUGCCUGAGACACCUUGUAUUUGUAGCACGUCAUUAGAACUUUCGUCAGAGAUUAUUUGUCACUGGUGCUGUACUUGUUACUUAGGUAGUGAAAUCAGAGUCUUUUAGUUGCUAGUCAUCCCUAAACACCGCAGCUGAUGGCGUCUGGGAUCAGAGGGAGGAUAGACCAAGUAACUGAUAAGAUUAUAUUUUUUGUCGAUGUUACGCGUUAACUAGCGAAGAAACGCUCGUGACUGCCCGAAGAGGAAAACAGACUAUUAUUAGAGGAAAAUAUAUAUUUUUAUUGAGAGGAAAAUGCAGAGUGUAGCAAUAGCUCAGAGUAAACUAUUAAAUGUUUAGCUAAUUCCAACUACCAGUGAGUAAUUUUCUUCAUCAUUGCCUAGGUUUGUUAGUUGUGUAGUGAAGUUAAGCUUCUACAAGAUAACUCUGAUCCUCCAUGACUUGUCUGAGCUUCAUUUGCUGCCGGUCAGUGAUGGUAGCUGGGCCAGUCCUUGUCUCUCCUCAACUCCGCCUCUCACCUUCAAAAAUAUUUCUAGAAUUUCUAUAUAAAUUAAUAUAAACACACAAACACAUUCACACAUACACUUAUAUAUAUAUAUAUAUAUAUACGUAUGUCGUGCCAAAUAGGUAAAACUUGCGAUUUUGGCUUAAACAGCAACGUUCUUCUUGCUGAUUAAGACAAGCGAAAAUUUGUGUAUGCAAUAAUUUCGCAAAAAUCUUUCUGAACCUAACGAAAAAAAUGCAUUUCACUGUGUUUGUUUAGUAUUAAGUUAUUGUAAACUUACCUAAAAUAUAUUUAUUUAACUGGAUUAGGCUAAAUUAAAUUGCUCUUGUUCUAAUAAGGUUAGGUAAGUUUUCUAAGGUUCUUUUGGUACAAAAUUAUUAAUUAUUACAUUAACAUGAAUGAAAAAAUAUGUCUUUAAACGUAUAAGAGAAAAUUUUAGAAAGGACUUAAUUUUAAAUGAGUUUUUACUAAUUGACCAGUUUUACCUAUU